UCCCACACCACACCAACCCAACCCAAUUCAUUUCCUUCCCCUCCUCUUUCUCCAAAGGAGCAGCAACAAAUUACAACCAAUACUACCCACCAGAGAAAACCCCAGUUGCAGAUACCAGAAAGAAAAAAUGUCUGGGGUUUGGACUUUUAAGAAUGGGGUGAUUCGCCUGGUCGAAAAUCCUCAGGCCGAGACAUCUUCCAGGAAGGCUUUGGUGCACUUGCCGAGUGGAAAGGUGGUGUCGUCCUACUCGAUGCUCGAGGAAAUAUUGACGGGGUUAGGGUGGGAGAGGUACUAUGGAGGAGACCCCGAUCUCUUCCAGUUCCACAAGCGAUCUUCGAUCGAUCUAAUCUCUCUCCCCAGUGACUUCUCCAAGUUCAACUCUGUUUACAUGUACGAUAUUGUCAUUAAAAACCCCAAUAUCUUCCACGUUCGGGACACGUAGGCAUCUGUGUGACAUCAGUUGGAAUUCAAAAGUUGUGUGAGUCUUCCUUGAUAUGUUGUUGAUUUCUCCUUCUUUUUUCUUCUUCAUAUCACUAGGUUACUUGGUUCUUUUAGUACGUGAUUGAUCUGCUUUUGGGUUUGUUGGUAUACGUCGAGUAUACUUAGGAAUGGCUUCAGCCAUAGGUUUCAUUCAUGUCUCCCCUAAUUAACCCUUCCUGGUUAAUUCAGUGUGUAUUUGUAAUAAAAAGUAGACCUACAUGGUGUUUGUGUUAUUUUGGAUAUUUUGGGUUGCUUUGUAAAAUAUUUUGGCAUUGUAUCAUCUAAUAAUAAUAGUGUAUGUCAUUGAAAGAAGCA